GUAUUUUUACCCGUGCGCCAGUCGACCGUCGGACAUCGUUUGGAUUACGCGUGCCCGUGUGCGAUUUCGUUUCGUCGUUGUUGUCGUCGUCGUUUUACCGCUUAAUCGAAUGGUGUAUAUAUUUUUGGAUGCCUCGAAACGAUUCCGUUCGACGUCUACCGCGCAAUUUUAACAGUUUUAUUUUUGGUUUUUGGUUUUCACAUCGUGAACGAAAAAUAGUGAUCGACGUCCGGCGUGCGUGAGUACACUUAUAAUAUUAUUAACGUUAUACCGGACAUACGCCGUCGUCGUUUUGAAAUUUUCAAACCGACCGUCGCGAUAAAUCAUUUCGUCAUACUUUUACGCGCGUUUCGAUGCGCGUGGCGACGGCGGUGAUCGGUCGCGCUGGCGUCACUCGUGUGACCGGCAUCGUGACGACGUCGGUGCCGUCACUUCCGACUCAGGCGCAUCCGUCGUCCGGCGGUUACGCGCGGGCGACGGGCCGCGCCGCGUGAUGGCCCACCGGUGGUAUGUGUGGCUGGCGGCCGCGGUCAUGGUGGCCGCCAGCACGACCGUUGUUUUGGCCGACGCUUGCCCGGAAGCGUGCCAGUGCAAGUGGAAGGGUGGCAAGCAAAGCGUCGAGUGCCGUGACAAGUCGCUGAUCACCAUGCCGCCGGGCAUCGACACGGUCACGCAGGUGCUGGACGUGUCUGGCAACAAUCUGCAGAUACUUCCGGCAAACGCGUUCGCUAGCGUCGGGUUGCUCAACCUGCAGCGCGUGUACUUGUCCAGGUGCCGGAUUGGGCACAUCGACAGGCAGGCUUUCAAGGGCCUAACGAACGCCGUGGAGAUCGACCUGUCCAAAAACUUGCUGACCGCGGUACCUACGGACACUCUGGCCGACGUACCGCUGCUCCGGGACCUUUCUCUGGCCAAUAACCCCAUACAGCGCGUCGGGGCGGAAGCGUUCCGGAAUUGCACCGGCCUCGUCCGGUUGGACUUGUCCGGAUGCGAAUUGCAAGAGAUCGCGGCGGGAGCGUUCGUGGGCAUCGACCAGCUGGAAACGCUCAAGCUGAACAACAACCGACUGACGGAGCUGAUGGCCGGUACGGUAAUAACGCUGCACAAGGUGCACGGCGUUGAGCUGCACGAGAACCCGUGGCACUGCGACUGCCACAUGAGGCCGGUCAAGGUGUGGCUGACCGAAAACAACGUACCGACGUCCGUCGAUCCGGCUUGCGCCACGGGCCCGGGCCGCGUAGCUAACCGCACGUUUUCCGCACUGUCCGCCGACGACUUUGCAUGCCAGCCCGGCAUCCUGCAACAGGACGACCAGACCGUGCACGCGGCCACCGGCGACAACGCGUCAGUGUCAUGUCGCGUCCAAUCGUCGCCGGCCGCCAAGGUGUCGUGGUACUGGAACGGCCGGCCGGUGGUCAACAACACGGUGUUCGGCCCGUUCCAGCGGGUGUUCAUGACGGACGACCGGACGGCUACAGGUGGUGGCACUGGCUACAGUUCGCUGCUGCUCGCUAACGUCCAGCCGUCCGACUCGGGACAGUUCUUGUGCGUGGCCGAGAACCGGGCCGGCCGGGCCGAGGCUAACUUCACACUGGUCGUCACCCGACUCGGUGGUCUCGCGUUCCUGGCCAACGGCCAGGUGGCCGGCCUCAGCGUGUUCCUGGUGUUCCUCAUAGUUACCAUACUGCUGGUAAUCGUUUAUCUUCUGGUCCGGAUCAAGCGACUGCCACCCGCGUCCACCCGGUCCGACGGUAAGCCGCACCAGCUGGUCACUACCGCGGCGUCGGCGACCAGCAACGGUACGGCAGCCGUAGUGGUGCAGGUCAAGCAGCCCACGUCGGGCCACGCCACCGCCCCGGGCGCUGCCACUACCGUGGUCACGUCGUCGGUGGUGACGGGUGGCCCGUACGGGGGAUAUGGCAACGCGUUUGACCACACGAUGGCCGCGGAGGCCGUGGUCGGCGGCAUCAGGAGACCCGAAAAACUCACCGAACUUUCGUUCGCAGCCGACCACUACGAGGCUGGUUUCGGUCACGGUGGCGUGCUGGACACCGGCCGGACAGUGUUGUACCGGAGCCAGGCGUCCAAUCCGGACCUCAUUGUGGACGCGCCCGAACAGCAGUCGCCUCAGCUACCGGUGGUCGCGCACCAUCAGCCAGCCAAGAGGUCGGCGAGCGGCGAAUACAGGAGGACGGCUGACGAUUCGCUUUACUCGCCCGGUUUUUGGACGGCGUCAGACGCAGCGGCCAACGACCGGACGCCGAUCAUAGAGAAGUCGCCACCGCUGCCCGCGCAGUCAGCGGCGGCCGUCUGCACUGUUAGAGAAACGGUGGCAGCGGUGCCGGACCCGAAGGCGGCCAGUCUCAGGGUGUGGAAACACGGGGUGCAAGUGAUGCCGCCACUGAGCGCGCUCAAGCGGGCCCUGAACAAGGGGUCUCCGGACGAAGGAUACCAGGAAGGAUGCGGAACCGACGUCUGAUCGCGACCGAUACUCUUAAGUGUCAAAAAGAAGUCACUGCGGCAAUGAUGGGCAAACAGACGAUGGAUCUGUUCGGGCUACAGAUAUGCAGAAAGAAACAUGCGCUGAACAAAACAAACAUCAUUUCUGAAAUCAUCUGCGAGAAACGUCCGAAGGAUCGAAAUCGAAUCCAGUUGAAUGUUUUAAUAGCACGUGCUGUAAUAUAAUAAUGUUCCACGAUAUAAACAUUCUUCUUUUACGCGUGUGCACGUGACAUUGUAAAUAUUUGUCUUAGUUAUUAUAAUAAUAAAAACGCUGUGCCAUAAUAUUAUUAUAUCCCUCCAAAAACGGUUUCUCGGUCGGUUAAAUUUAAUUAAAACCACCUACGCGACGGCAGUCCGCAUAAUCUCACGUGGUUGUCGGUCUAGCCUAUUUUGGUCGUUCGUAUUGUUCGACGAAAUUCUGAAUUUUACUCGUACAGCGCUCGUAAAACUCGCUGAUGGCGUUUGCGGUACCAUGCACUCUAAUCGAUACGCGUAUAUUACGAAUGGCUGUGUUACUAUACGCACGUAUACAAUGCAUAUAUACACCAUGUCUUGUUCAGAAUGAAAGAGAAAAAAAAGAAAAAUCCUCCAUCUCAACACGGCUUCAUUUCGAGGGUUAAUCAGUCACGUUGAGCGGACAACGAAAAACGCCCGUUUGACCCUAUCGACGAUAAUAGAGAAGGCUCGGAACCUUACCCGUCUCGAGAAAACUUUUAAGUUAAUAUAUAUAUAUCUAUAUUCAUAUAAUAUUGCAUUUAAUUCGGUCGACGUUAUGAAAGUGUUUGACAACACGUAUUUAUCACAAUAGUCAUCUCCUAUCGGUCAUUUAUGUAAUACAUAUUGUUGUCAAACAAGAAUAUCAAAGGUACGACAAACCGUUCUUUAUUGACCACUUAUAACUUCCCAAUUACCACUCAAUUUUCGUUACGAUUAUUGUUCGUUUAAGUUUAGAUGUACCCGUUUCUCCUGUUUGGAGGAAAAGUUUAACGUUAUGACUCAUUGCUCUCUCUCACGCAUCAACUUCCCUCCCCACAUACACAUACACAUACACCACAACAACGAAAAAGGCUCUGACCGUUGUCAGACACAAUAUCUCAUAUGUUCAGUAUGACAAUUUAUGAGCUUGAAAGGUGCACCGAAUAGUGAAAUCGUUCAUUUAAAAUACUUCGAGUCGAAGAAAACGUUUCUGUGAGUAUGGGACUGCAGACUUCUUGACAAUACUAUAAUACAAUAACUGAUAAUAUUAUAUUGCAUCCGAAUUAUAAAAAAAUAUGAUAGCAGUAUUGUUGCUUUUAAUAGAAUAAAUGGUAUAAUACAUUUUGGAUACGUAAUUUUAUUAUUUUUCGACUAAGAGAGAGUAUGUAGGUAAGUGCCACUAUUUGUCAACUAUAUAUGACCUACAUAGAAAAUAUUCGAUCAGCAUAAUCAAUCUUAUGUUGUUAGCCUUUAAUAUUAAAGUGAAUUGACCUAUUAUCAAACUUAAAGAUAAAACCAUUACUUAGAAUACCUUUUAUCAAUAUUUGAAUUAAGUUGAGUUAUAUAUAUGCAAAAUAUUUUAAAGAGUAUCCCAAAUGCUAAUAAUUUGAUUUAAAAUUAAACUAUCAAUACAAUUCUAUCAAAUAACAUAAUACAUAAAAAUCUCACCUACAAGUUUUGUAACAGAUUAAUUAAUUAAGAUAGUAUUCAAACAAACAACACACGAUUUACGAGUCAGACUUUGACAAUAAAUAGUGAGGUGACAUUUUCAAAAUGUUCUCAGAUAUUUUUCUCAAUUUAUAAUUAGUAAUAUCUAACACAUAUAUUUAUAAUCAAGUAAUAUGUAUAAUAAUAUAGCAUCAAAUAUUUUAUUAUUUCUGUUAUUUGUUUUGUUAAACAAUACAAAAUAGUAUCAUUGUUGGUCAAUAUCGUAUAAAAUAUGUACCGUACUAUAUAUUUUGUAUAUUUAAAUAUUAAAUGAAAAAACUACUAUAGCUAAAUAAAUAAUAAUUAUUUAUGCUAAAAAUAAAGUAUGCAGAUUGGAAUAAACAUAAUGCUGUACUAUAAAAAUGUGUCAGAUAUGAGGUAUUCAAAGAUCACUUAUAAAAUAAAGCAUAAUUGGUAUUCCAGUAUUGAUAGUAAUUAUAGUAUUUCUCUCAAUAAAAAGGACUGUUUUUGUCCAUUGUUUUAUUUAAUAUUUUUAUUAUUUUUAACUCUGACAUUUAAAUAUUUAAGAUUUUAAAAGCUUAUUAUUGUGCUUUAAUACAAUUUAAAAAAAUACUUUGAAUUGCUCUAUUUUCACUACAGAAUUCACAUUCAAUUGAUAUUUUGCCAACAUUCUUUUAGAUUUA